AUGGCUCCCAAGCCGAAGGGGAAGGCUCUAGUUGCUACGCCUCGCAAGCGACCAGCGGCCCAGAUGUCCGGCUCUCCUGAGUCGCAGGCGCCCGCCACGCCUGUUCCUUCUGGUGUCGCCUCCCCCACAUCACGUUCUCGCACUGUCCGUCCGUAUCGCUCGCCUGAAGUCGAGGGUGAAGCUGAGGAGCUCGAGGGCUCCGUCGUUCCUGAGUCUGAGGCUCCAAAGGGUGAGCGCACCGUGCUUGGGUGGAAGGUUGCUGCCCGCUGUGAGGUUCCCGAUUCUGCGGGACGCCUUCGCGCUGGCUCCCGCCCGUGCUGCGUAAAGUGUGCGCACACGUAUUACAACUUCCCGGGCCAGAUGUGCUGGGUCCCUUCCGGCAUGGCCAAAUGCGCGGACUGCCUUCGGGGCAACCACGCGUGCGUUCCGGCUGCUGCCAAGCCAGCCGAGGAUAAGGGAGUCGCUGGACCUCCUAAGGAGAAGGAAAUCGCUGGGCUUUCUGAGGUCGUCGCGCGUAAUGCUGACGAUCCCCGCCAGGCUCUCCUACAUCACGCCGAGAGCCUUGUGGAGCUGGGCAAGGCGAAGACUGAAGGUCUCAAGGCCGCCACUCAGGUCUUCCACGCUUCUGUCGACAAGGUCCUUGAUGCCUACCAAUCUGGGCUCGAGGAGUACGUCAACACCAUGAAGUUCCUCGUGGAGCCCCGCACCUAGUGAUGCCAGCCCCUCCCCUCAUGCCCUCGCCAAUCGAUCUGGA